AUGGAGGAUCUAUUCUCCCUCCCCAUAUUCUUCAUCACCUUCCGCGAGUCCCUCGAGACCGCAAUCAUCGUCUCCGUACUCCUCGCCUUCAUCAGGCGCACCCUUGCCACCAAGGAUGACCCCUCCCUCCAGCAGAAGAUGGAGAGGCAGGUCUGGGUCGGUACCGCCGCCGGCCUCCUCACCUGCGUCCUCAUCGCCAUGGCCAUCAUCAGCGGCAUCCGCAGCCUCGGCGCCGACCGCUUUGCCGCCGCCGAGAGCGUCUGGGAAGGCAUCUUCUCCCUCAGCGCCUCCCUCGUCAUCACCGCCAUGGGCGCCGUCCUGCUGCGCGUCACCAAGCUCCAGGACAAGUGGCGCCUGAAGCUGUCCAAGGCCCUCAGCGCCGGCCGGAGCCAUGCCGGCCCCUUCCGCGACCGCCUCAAGUACCUCGGCGAGAAGUACGCCUUGUUCCUGCUGCCCUUCAUCACCGUCCUGCGCGAGGGCUUUGAGGGCGUCCUUUUCAUCGCCGGCGUAGGCGUGAGCGAGACCGCCGCCUCCAUCGCCGCAUCCGCCAUUCUCGGCCUCGCUCUCGGCGCCGUCGUUGGCUACUUCAUCUACAGGGGCUCCAAGAAGGCGCCCAUCCAGGUCUUCCUCAUCGUCUCGACUUGCUUCCUGUACCUCAUCGCCGCCGGCCUCUUCUCCAAGGGCGUGUGGCAUUUCGAGCAAAACGAGUGGAACAAGAUUGUCGGAGGCGACGCGGCGGAGCUCGGCUCUGGACCCGGCUCCUACGACAUCCGCAGAAGCGUCUGGCACGUAAACUGCUGUAACCCCGACCUCAACGGCGGCGGCUUCUGGGGCAUCUUCAACGCCGUCCUGGGCUGGCAGAACUCGGCCACCGUCGGCUCCGUCGUCUCGUACAACCUGUACUGGGUCGCCGUCGCCACCGGCUUCUUCGCCAUGAUCUGCAAGGAGAAGGGCUACUGGCCCUACAACAAGAGAGACAAGCAGCAGCAGGUGGGCCACGAGGGCGGCGACCAGGAGCCUCUCCUCAGCAGGCCCGCGAGGUAA